CUUUGUUUAGAGCACACGAUCGGAAGAGAGGGAAGGAUCGAAGAGUGGAGGAUUCUCAAGAACAAGAUUAUGGAAUGUGUUUUCGGGUUAGUGGGUAAUGGUUUCGCCAUUGUUGCUGCCGAUUCUUCGGCGGUACACAGCAUCUUGGUUCAUAAAUCCGACGAGGACAAGAUUAUGGUUCUCGACUCUCACAAGCUCGUCGCCGCUAGCGGCGAGCCUGGUGACAGGGUUCAGUUCACUGAGUACAUUCAGAAGAAUGUUUCGUUGUAUCAGUUCCGAAAUGGGAUCCCCUUGACGACUGCUGCUGCUGCUAAUUUUACCCGAGGUGAGCUCGCCACCGCCUUGAGAAAGAAUCCAUACUCUGUAAAUAUCCUCCUGGCUGGGUACGAUAAGGAGAGUGGCCCAUCGCUUUACUACAUCGACUACAUUGCAACACUUCACAAGGUUGAGAAAGGUGCUUUUGGUUAUGGAUCCUACUUUUCACUCUCUAUGAUGGACAGACAUUACCAUAGCGGCAUGUCAGUGGAUGAGGCGAUCGAGUUGGUGGAUAAGUGCAUCGUGGAGAUACGUUCAAGGCUGGUUGUGGCUCCACCAAACUUUGUGAUCAAGAUUGUAGACAAGGAUGGGGCAAGGGAGGUUGCAUGGCGUCAAUCCAUUAAAGACACUGGAGCACUUCCAGUCUGAGGAGUUUGACAUUGUUGCAGUCUUUUUCUCUGUUUUGUAUACAAAUCUUAUUUCCUGCUGAAGCAUGGUUCAUCGAUCUUUGUUAGUGGCUUGUGCUGUCAUUUGAGUUGCCUCUAUUUGUUGAACAGGUUCAAUUUAGUUAAAUGGAUCACUAGUAUUUUGGCUCAUAAAU